AUGGCCUUGGAUUUUGAGACUGAGCGCAGUAUCCUCGACUGGGACGAGAACCAGGUCCACCUCUGGUUCUCCUCUCUCGGCCUUCCCCAAUAUGAGGCACAGAUCAGAGAGCACAACAUAUCGGGCGACAUUCUCUGCACCCUAGACGCCGAGAAUCUCAAGAACAUCGGCAUUUCCACCAUCGGCCAGCGUCUCACCAUACUCAAAGCAAUAUACCAGGUAAAACUGCAACAUCAUGUUCCCUUCGACGCGGAUCAUUACGUGCCACCCUCCGAAGCUCAAGACCAGAUUGUCUCAGCGGACAAGCUAUUCGACGUGGUCAAGGAACACAACCAUCGUGUCAAGUUCUUAGAGGAAGAUAAUCGACGAUUGAACGAAACCCUCCAACUAGUACUCGACGAGCUCAAUACGUUGCGAUCACAACCAUCUCACCGCCCCAACGACCAUCCCCUCCGACACCAAGGUUCCUUCAAGUGGGAAAACUCUUCCAACCACACGUCCAAGUCGCCAACGAAGUCCGAGACCAACGGCGAUUCACCCCAGAACUCCCCUGCACGCGUGCACAACACCGAUCCCUCCUCAAGUGUACAACAACCGUCUGCAACGAAACGGCCCGAACCGUCGAGGAACGACAGCUAUGGCACAGGUACCGACAACAUGAAGAGCUUCAAGGUCAGCCUCGAGGACCCGACGUGGAAGGUCCUUCCCGCCGCACUGAAGAAGUACAAGAUCAACAACGACAGUUGGCAGAACUACGCCAUGUUCAUAUGCUACGGGUCUCCAGGCAACCGCAUCGAACGUUGCCUGUCCUACGACGAGAAACCGCUUCUCCUCUUCCAGAAGCUCAAGGACGCGAAGAAGAACCCCGUAUUCAUGCUCAAGCAUAUUAAAGAUAUCCGGUCGCCUAUCGCCGUCGCGCAGCAGAAGCAUGCCAUGCGCAAAGCCAGCAUCGGUGCCGAGGGCUCCAGUGGCGCCGGUCCUUCGGGCAGCGGCAGCGGGUCCUCCUCGCAAGCGAUAAGCCCGAACCCCGGCGCGCCGUCCUCGGCAACGCUGCGUCCGAACCAGGCACCGCGCCCGACGCUCCGGCCGCCGAGACUCGAAGUGAACGAUCUAUCCAGUGCUGGUUCACAGCCAAUGACGGGGACGAACCCGCAGGCAGGGUGGCCAGAGGUGAUGUCGCCGUCGGUAGAGAAGAAGGAGAACGACCAUCUCCGCGAUACGAUACAGUCGUCGACGUCUACACUGAUUGAGCACGGUAGCGAGGAAGGAAGCGGGCGAGCGAGUGGCACGCACAGUUCAACGUCGACGUUGGUGAACUCGAAUAAUCAUGCUAGUACCUCGAGCUCGCGAGAGAUGCCGCCGAGGAUGGACGGGGUUUCGUAUGCGGUUGCUAUAUAUCCGUAUAUGGCAGAACAGGACGACGAGUUUGACGUGGUUGUUGGUGAUACUUUCGUUAUUCUCUCGCGUGCACGGGGAUGGUGGGUAGUCCAACGCGACCCAACGGGAUCUGGUGCUGUCGACCCCGACACAAGUAACCAAGGUUGGGUCCCUGCCGGGUGUCUACUCGAGACAAAUGUACCCGUUGCAUCUGCAAUUGCGGAGGCGAAGGCGUCCUUGGGCGGCGCCACUACCCCACCCGCAGGGGAGUCAUCGGAUGGCACGAAGAGCGUGACUCCGAUCUUGCCGCUCAGCAUUAUCUCGACGAGCUAUCCAGGUAUUGCGCUCAUGGACUAUCAGAAGAAGGGCGAGGAGGAGCUGGAUCUGGCCAAAGAUGACGCACUGCGGGUAUUCAAGCGGUAUAACCAUUGGUCGUAUGCAGUCAAGGAGGACGGCGGAGAUCGAGGUUGGGUACCGUCAUGGUUCAUUGGGAAGGUUCCUGCGCCAGGCGCAGUACCACCAACACCUAUAGCUCAAGCUAGUACCAACCCGACGAUCAACGUCGAGUCGGCGGACAGCACCCCUCAGAACCAAGUCUCGCCCAUGUCCUCCGCAUUCCCAGUCGCCAACCGAGGCGCCGUGCUAUCAGGUUCCGCAGAGCAACGUUAACGGUUUCUCAUGUACACACCCUUUUUCCUGCGCUGUUGUUUUCGUUUCGUACAUUUUGAUAUUUGGAUAACAGGCUACUUCGUGCUGACUUGUGCUGAUUGAUUUUCACCGUCGGUCUUACUUCAUUGUAUCUCUAUUGUUUUCAAAUGCAUGGACUGAUCACGUCUUUACCCCACCGUCACCCACCUUCUGUCCUAUAUAGUACGCAUCCCGAGUCCAUGCCCAUGUCGACGUCAUCUAGUUACUUGUGCAAAUAUCUAGUGAAUGAUAUCACAACCUUCUCAGACACCAACGCCAAAGAUCCGGCACAACCGCUCGCACUUCGCGCAAACCACAGAUUCUCGUGUUACUACAACUUCGCCCUGUCCCCCGGCUCAGGACCGUGCUCACCGAACAGCCCAAGCACCCGCAUGAGCAGUGACAUAUACCACCCCGUCAGGCCCCACACCUCCAUGCGCCCCUCGCGCCCGCCGCCGACCUCGUCCUCGACGAACUCGCUGCGCACACCGCUCGGCGUCAGGUCCGAAACAUCGAUCGCCCAAUAGGGACUCGAGUGCCGGAAUAAAUCGCGGUGCAGCCGCGACGCGUCGACGAGUGCAGCGAGCGGGAGGUGGAACGCGCAUGCGACUUCGGGUUGGGAGACUGUGAGGGAAGAUAGGGAAAGCGACGGGAGCGGCGCGUUUGGAUCAGAUAUGGAGGUGGGGUUGUUCAGAGGAUGGACGAAGCCGACGAACGGCCAGACGCGCAUGCCUCGCAGACUUAGUUCUGGAGGCCCGAUCUGCCCAAGCAUGUCUAUCUGCCCGGGUAGAACGCCGACCUCUUCAUGAGUUUCUCGAAGGGCUGCAUCGAGAAGGGAUGCAUCUGUAUUGUCUACUCUUCCGCCGGGGAAGCUUACUUCCCCCGAAUGAGACCGUAGCUUCAUUCCGCGUACCUCGAGCAAGACGCCCGGAACGCCAUUAACAUUGC